CGGAGCAUCCAGGAACAUGGCGGCGUCCGCGAGCGCGGGAGUGACGCGCCGGCGUGGGCGCUGGGGGCGCGGACCCUGUAGGCAGCGCGGACGCGGGGUACGCCGCGGGCCGGGGGUCGGCACCGAGGGAGCUCUGAAGCGGCUAAAGCUAGCGGUGGAGGAGUUUGUGCAGGCGGCCUCCGAGGGGGAGACCCCCGGCGGCCGCGCGGGGCCCCGGACGGAGGGCCGCGUGCGCCCGGGCGAGAGGAAAAGCCGCAGGGAGCUGAGGAAGGAGAAGCGGCACCUGAAGAAGGCGCGGCGGCUGCAGAGGUCUGCGGGCCCCGUGGGCGGCGGCGGCGGAGGAGCCGGGGGGGCGGCGGAGGAAGGCGCCUGGCCGCCCCCUGCUCAGGCCCCGCCUCCGUCGAAGGGGCUGCGACCGCCCCGGGCCCGGGACCCCGGAGCGCGCCCCGAGGCCAGGGCCCCCCCCGGGGGGACCAGGCCUGCCGCAGCCGCAGCCGCUGCCGCCGCUCGGAAACGGGCUCUUCUGGCGGCCAACGAGGAGGAGGACCGGGAGAUCCGAAAGCUGGAGCGGUGCCUCGGCUUGAACAAGCGCAAAAGGAAGGGCGACGGCAGCUCCGUGCCGCUGAGCUUUGCCCGCGAUGGGCUCGACUACAUCCUCGGAGCCCUGGAGUCUGGAAAAAAUAGUGGCUUGUAUGAAAGCAGCAGCAGCGAGGAGGAGGAGGAUACCGAGGAGGAUGCGGGGCCGACUCUCCCCGAAAGUGACUUAGAGAGUGACACGGAGGACGAGGGGCCGCAGGAGGAUGUGGAAGAGGACGAGAACACGCUGGGAACACACAGUGAGGAAGAGGAUGUGAAAGAGGAGAAGCAAAAGAAAGCAGAAGAGGGGGGAGCCACGCGGCAAAGGGACAAAAAGAGGGUCCGCUUUGUAGAAGAAAAGAGCGAACCAUCCUCCUCCGAGGACUCUGACACAGCAGAUCAGCAGAGUUUUUGUGAAAAUGAAGGAAAGUACAUCCCACCUCACGUGAGGCAAGCUGAAGAGACAGCGGGUGAUCAGAAAAAAGAGGGACUGGAAAGACUAAAGAAACACGUCAAAGGUCUCGUUAACAGGUUGAGUGAACCGAGCAUAGCCUCCAUAAGUGGGCAGCUGGAGGAGCUGUACAUGGCCCACAGCAGGAAGGACAUGAACGACACUCUGACGGACAUCCUCAUGAGUGCCUGUGCUCCAGACACCGCCAUGCCCAGCAGGCUGAUGAUGGAGCAUGUGCUCCUGCUCAGUGUUCUUCACCACACAGUUGGGGUGGAGGUCGGUGCUCACUUCUUGGAGGCUGUGGUGAGGAGGUUUGACACCAUCUAUAAGAAUGGAGGAGGAGGGAAAGAGUGUGAGAACCUGCUUACCAUCAUUGCCCAUUUGUAUAACUUCCACGUGGUACAGGCUCGCCUUGUCUUUGACAUUUUGAAAAAACUUAUUGGAACUUUCACAGAAAAAGAUAUUGAGCUGACCCUGUUGAUGCUGAAAAACGUGGGCUUCUCAUUGAGGAAAGAUGAUGCGUUGUCACUUAAGGAACUGAUCAUGGAGGCCCAGGCCAAAGCCAGCGAGGCGGGUGGCAAGUUCCAGGACCAGACCAGGGUUCGGUUCAUGUUAGAGACCAUGUUGGCGCUGAAGAACAAUGACAUGCGUAAAAUUCCAGGCUAUGACCCUGAACCAAUGGAGAAACUCAGGAAGUUACAGAGAGCUUUGGUACGCAGUGCUGGCUCAGGUACUGAAACUCAGCUCCGCAUCUCCUGGGACAGUGUCCUGAACGCCCAGCAGACUGGGCGCUGGUGGAUCGUGGGGUCCGCAUGGAGUGGGGCCCCUAUGAUUGACAACAGCCAGCAGAAGACACUGGAGAAGCACCCCUCGGGGACGGUUAGUAAGAAGAUACUAGAACUCGCCCGAAAGCAGAGAAUGAACACCGAUGUCAGGAGAAACAUAUUCUGUACAAUAAUGACUAGUGAAGAUUUUUUGGACGCAUUUGAGAAGCUCCUGAAGCUUGGGCUGAAGGACCAGCAGGAGAGGGAGAUCGUUCAUGUUCUCAUGGAUUGCUGCCUUCAGGAGAAAACCUACAACCCUUUCUAUGCAUUGCUGGCUGGCAAGUUCUGUGACUACCAGAGGAAGUUCCAGAUGACUGUCCAGUUCAGCAUAUGGGAUAAAUUUCGGGACUUAGAAAAUUUGCCAGCCACUAAUUUCUCUAAUUUGAUUCACUUGGUAGCCUACUUGUUGAAGACAAAAUCACUUCCACUUUCUAUUUUAAAGGUAGUUGAAUUCAGUGAAUUGGAUAAACCCAGAGUCCACUUUUUACGAAAAGUAUUACAUAUUCUGUUAAUGGAAACAGAAGUUGAAGACCUUGGUUCAAUUUUUGCAAGAGUGUCUGACAACCCGAAGCUAGGCUUGUUGAGAGAAGGUCUGAAGCUCUUCAUCAGCCACUUCCUGCUGAAGAGUGUGCAAGUGCACACAAGGGCAGAGGAGGCCAGUGUGCUGAGGGAGAGGGCUGACCUCGCAACAAAGUCUUUGCAAGGCAAAGCUUCCCUGAGAAUGUAGUCUGGAAAAGGAGAAGAAGGGCGUGGUCAUUUGUCUGCAAAUGUCCUUUCUAAACCCAAAAGGCUUGUUACUCUGCUGACCAUGUGCAAAAGCUUGUUGGAGCUAUAUAUGCUACAGUCUUGUAUUUAAGAUACAGUGUUUGAGAUCAUUUUUUAAUUCGAGGUUAUAUCGUGUUUAUGUUUUAAACGAUUUUUACAUAUCUGUAUAUGGAAUGGGGUGAGGAGAAGGCAAGGGGGAAGGACAGGCAGACACGGGACACAUUCUCUUAAGUAAUGAGACUGGGUGGGAUGCGAUCGUUGUAGUCUUCCAUAGACAGACGGUCCACUAGAGGGUGCAGUUAUGUAGAAAUUGAUGCGGUUUUUAUCUUUUGUGUGUAUUGGUUAAAAGUUCCAAAACCAUGAGUUAAAUGUGAUACCUGAUAUUGGGAAGUACUGGGAAUGCAAGUAUGUUUGAAAAGUCAGCGGUUGACUUAAGCCUUGCAGGUACCGGUACAGCCUGGUAUGUCCGGGAGCUUCCCAGCAGCACUUGCCUCUCAAGGACACUGCCCCUGUCUGUGUCCAUGGCUUACACUCAUCAACUCCAGGUUGUAAAGCACUUUACUAAACAACUUUGAAGUCCCUGGAUAGAUACAGGACACGUAAUGGGUGUGCCUCUGAGCUGGGUUCUAGGAGGAGUAAAUGUGAAUAACACAAUUGCCACCUGCCAGGAAUGAACGUUCAUAUAGUGGAAGACACACCCCGCUGAGUACAGUAAACUGGCAGCUUCUCUGAAGGAAGUAAGUCCUAGAUUGACAAACAUCUGUUGCUUCCCCGGCUCUUAGAAUUUGCUUCUCUGUCUUAAAUGCUGUAAACUUGAUUUAAGUGUCACCUUUGGUUGCAAAGUCAUCAAAACAUGUGCUUAGAACCAUGGUUUAUAUGGCAUAAGCACAUACCCGGCAGCGUGCUGUCCCACAGAACGACCACCUUGGAGAGCUGCCCUGGCCUGAGUGAGGUCACCCCAGACUCCCCUCUCUCAGACUUCCAAGUACGAUCUUCAUGUUACUCAACGCAGUUCAUGUUUAGAAAUCACCAUGUGAUGUAGCGUCUCCAUGUGCACUCCUGAACUAAUGUUUUAAGUCUAGAGAUGCGCAAGGCACAUGAAAGCCUUUGUGUCCCCAGUUGGCUAGCCCGCCAGCAGAGAACGGCGUGCAUGAGCUGAGAGCCUCCACAUUCUCUGUGGGUGGGGGUCAGGCCAGAAGAGGUCGGUUCCUCUCUGGCGCCUGCCUUCCCUCAAACUCAGCACACUGCCAGCCUCCAGGUCCUGCUCUGAAGAAGGCAGCAUCCGUCAAACUAAACAGUGCACUUACUGACACAGUAAGUGCAGGCUCCUGCUUCCACAAAGACUCAUGGAACUGACCUAAGGCCACUCACUGUGGGGGGCAGCCGCUGAGACCCCAAACGGUCCCUACCACCCCUGACAUGCACUAAACCUAGUCGGGGGCAUGGCUCAGCUCAAGCUAACUUUGCAGAAGAGGAUCUUUUGUUAACAGAAUCCCAUUUUUAUCUUGUCUUUUAUAAUUUGUCUUUUUUGAUAUUAAAGACAAAUUAAUAUCAAAUUAAUAUUUGAUUUUUGUGAAAAUAUCAUGGGUUAUCACAUUAGUAAGUAUACUUAUUAAAGUAAAGAAUUAUAUCUUGAGGGCAGCCCGCGUGGCUCAGCAGUUUAGCGCUGCCUUCGGCCCAGGGCGUAAUCCUGGAGACCAGGGAUCGAGUCCCACAUCGGGCUCCCAGCAUGGAGCCUGCUUCUCCCUCUCCCUAUGUCUCUGCCUCUCUCUCUCUCUCUCUCUCUCUCUCUCUCUCUCUCUCUCUCUCUGUGUGUGUGUGUGUGUGUGUGUGUGUGUCUCAUGAAUAAAUAAAGAAAAUCCUUAAAAAAAAAAAGAAUUAUAUCUUGAACAAUAGUCACUGAAUUCAGACUUGCUUGUGAAUACAUAGGUUUUUAAAUGUAUUACAGUAAUACUCCACAUUUGAAAAAUAUUGAAGUCUUUGCUUGGUAUGUAUGUGAAUUUUUGGACUCUUGUGAUGCAGGCUUAGAAUAGUGAUUGUAUUGAUAGAAUUUCUGAAAAGAAGCUGUCUUUUAUUUUUUUUCCUUCUUUUUUUUUAAGAUUUUAUUUAUUCGUGAGAGAAAGAGGCAGAGACACAGGCCGAGGGAGAAGCAGGCUCCAUGUAGGGAGCCUGACGUGGGACUCGAUCCCAGGGUGGUGCUAAACAACUGAGCCACCCAGGCUGCCCUAUUUUUUUCCUUUAGAUAAUCUCUGCACCCAACCUGGGGCUUGAACUCGGCCACCCUGAGAUCAAGAGUUGCAUGCUCUACCGACUAAGCCACCCAGGAGCCCUAGGGGACUUCAUGUUUAGAAUAGAGAUAUAGGGCAGCCCCGGUGGCCCAGCGGUUUGGCGCCGCCUUCAGCCCAGGGUGUGAUCCUGGGGCCCCGGGAUUGAGUCCCACGUCGGGCUCCCUGCAUGGAGCCCGCUUCUCCCUCUGCCUGUGUCUCUGCCUCUCUGUGUGUCUGUCAUGAAUAAAUAAAUAAAAUCUUUAAAAAAAAAUAGAAUAGAGAUAUAAGGGACAUAAGACAAUAGAGACAUAAGAGACAUAAGAGUGGCUCAGUGGGUGUUGGGUGAAGCGUCUGCCUUCGGCUCAGGUCAUGAUCUCGGGAUCCUGGGAUUGAGUGCACUGUUGGGCUCCCUGCUCAGCCGGGGGUCUGCUUCUCCCUCUCUCCCUGUUCAUUCUCUCUCUCAAAUGAAUAAAAAUCUUUUAAAAAUAAAAACAUAAGGAACAGACUUUUUAAUGUAUUAAAAUGUAUAAAUAAAAUUAUUUUUUAUAUUUUA